GUUCACAUAUCGAAGUGUGCUAAUUAGAGCCCAAGAUAUAGGGAGAGAUCUGCUCCUUACAAAUAUCAGAUCUAAGAUUUUGAAAAGAAUCGCAAUUUUGAAGCUAUCAGAAAAUCCCAAACAACAACCAUGUCUUACUACCCAAAAGGCUACCACGGCGAAGAUGACGACGGAGCUGAAUUCGACGAGUACGAUCCAACUCCGUACGGUGGUGGAUACGACAUCGCUUUGACUUACGGUCGUCCACUUCCACCCUCUGAUGAAACUUGUUAUCAGAGUACUUCAGCUUCUGAUGAAUUCGACUAUGAUCGUCCUCAGUACACUUCUUAUGCUGAGCCUUCUGCGUAUGGGGAAGAGGCUCUUGAGACUGAGUACCAGAGCUAUUCUAGGCCCAAACCUCGGCCCGCUCCUUAUCAUCGCCCAUCUGAGGAAGAAGGCGAAGCUUAUGAGCAGCCUCAGGCCGAUUAUGGGUUUCAGCCUGGGAUGAAUCGUCCUGGUGGUGGCUAUGGUGGAGAAAGUGAAUAUGGACGGAAGAGUGAGUAUGAAGAACCCGCUUCCGAAUACGGAUCCGGGUAUGGGAGAAAGAGUGAGUAUGAAGAACCCAAACCGGAAUAUGGAUCUGGGUAUGGCCGCAAGAGUGAAUAUGUAGAACCCGUUUCCGAAUACGGAUCUGGGUAUGGGCGAAAGAGUGAGUAUGAAGAGCCCAAACCAGAAUAUGGAUCCGAGUAUGGGCGAAAGAGCGAAUAUGAAGAGCCCACAUCAGAAUACGGAUCUGGAUAUGGGAGAAAGAGUGAGUCUGAAGAACCCGCUCCAGAGUACGGAUCGGGAUACAGGAGGAAGAGUGAAUAUGAGGAGCCAAGCUCGGAAUACGGGUUGGGUAAUGAGCGUAGGACCGAGUCCGAAGAGUAUGGAUCUGGUGGAUAUGGAAGGAAGCCCAGCUACGGGCAGGAGGAAGAGGGGGAGAGGAGGCCCAGUUAUGGGCGUUCAAGCUACCAGACUGAGGAGGGAGAAGGGUACGAGAGGCCUCGCUAUGGAAGGUCUGAGGAGGAGGACUACAGGAAACCCAGUUAUGAGAGGCGUGGUGAUGAUGACGACGAGGGCAGUGGUCGCAAGAAAUAUGGUGAUGACGACUCCGAUGAUGACGAGGAGAAGAAACAUCACCACAAGCACCACCACCGCAAACACUAUGAUGAUUGAGCAGUGUGCUUUAAUCAUCCGAACCAGAGUUAUGCCAUACUAAGAACUACUACAAAAUAAAAGUUGGCAAGUUUGAGAUAUAUUUUGUUUGUCAAUGUUUGCUUUGUUGGCUGGACUGUCCAGUUAUUUAUGUGAUGUAUUUUGCUCUUCUGCAAAUCCCAGACAUUUGUCAGGGUUAGUAUGCCAUGAAUGUGUGAACUUUAUGAUCAUCAUGACUCUUAUCUCUAUCACUAGUUCUUUUCAUACUCAUAAAUUUCAAAUAUUGAUGAUGAGAACUUUGCAAAUUCAUUCGGCUGGAAUGAAUGAUGUACUUAUGCAAUUUAUUCAUGGUUUGUGAUUGA